UUAAUCGACCAAACUUUAAAAUUACAAUUACCGGAAGUUUAAAUGGCGACUUCUGAAGACAUCGAUUAAAUAAAAUUCACCCGAGGUAAAUCUGAGGUAUGGAAAUACUUCCUCGUAAAAAAAGACAAGAAAACAGGAAAAGUUAUUGAAAACAUAGCCGUAUGUUCGAAAUGUAAAAUUGAAGUGAAAUGCCCCGGUGGAACUACCAACCUCAACAGUCACAUGAGGAGACAUCAUCCGAAUUUGCUUGCUGAAGAUCCUAAUCCUACGAAAAAUACUUCAGAAAAAUUAGAGGUUAAAAAGCCCUUGGUAAACACACCUGUAUCUAGAAACUUGGUUUCUUUGCUUGGUAAAAAGUAUGCUUCAAACACGGAACGUGCAAAGAAAAUCACGGAUAAAAUUGCUAGAUUUAUUGUCAAAGAUCUUCGACCAUUCAGUAUGGUUGAUUCCCCUGAAUUCAGAGAUAUGAUAGCUUGUUUGGAUAAUCGUUACCAGGUUCCCUCCAGAAAGACAUUUAGUGAAAUUGUCAUUCCAAAAAUGUAUUCAGAUGUGAAAGUUAAAGUUCAAAGUAGUCUUCGUGAAGCAGAGCAAGUAGCAUUGACCACUGAUGGCUGGAGUUCACGAGCAACAGAGUCCUACAUUACGAUUACUUCCACCCAUAUUGACAAAGAUUGGAAUAUUUGUAAUUUUGUUUUGCAAACCAGGAUGAUGCCAGAAUCCCAUACAGGAGAAAAUGUUGCAGAGGUUCUGAGAAAUGCUGUGAGGGAAUGGAAUCUGCCCAUUUUUUAUGGAUUUCCACCAGUAGUGUCUGAUAAUGCUGCUAACAUGAUGAAAGCCGGUGAACUCCUUGGAAACAUUCAUGUUAAUUGUUAUGCUCAUACAUUAAAUUUAGCUUGUCAAAAAUGCCUUGCGGUUAAAAGACUGGAAAAUAUUCUUGCCAAAAUCAGAAAAAUUGUUGCCUUUUUUCAUAGAAGCAACAUUGCAGCAGCUUUGCUGAAGAAUACAGCUGAAUCUUUGUCACUACCUCAACACAAAUUAAUAAUGGAUGUCCGCACAAGAUGGAACAGUGCCUAUGAUAUGAUCUCACGAUUUCUUGAAAUGCAGGUAGCAAUAUUUGCUACCUUGAAAUCAAAGGAGUUAGGAAAAGAAAGGGAAUCUGAAUUGAAGUCUUUCCAUGAUGAUGACUUUUCUGUGGCAGAGGAGGUGAUCCAGCUGUUAAAGCCAUUUAAGGACAUAACAACACUCCUGUGUUCAGAAAAAUCCCCCACUUUGUCCAUUAUCUUGCCACUCCACAAUAAACUUCUGGACAAGCUUUGUGAACAAAUUGAUGAUACUCCCACUGUCCGCAGUAUGAAGAAUAUUAUGUUUAAAGACUUAAAGGAAAGAUAUGCUCGCAUUGAACACACUCUACGCAUUGUUUCUGCACUGGAUCCGCGAUUCAAGAUGCUUCCAUUUUUAUCAGAAAAUGAGAGAUCAGCGGUGUUCUCUGAUAUUGUUUUAGAAGUCUGUAGAGUACAGAAUAUUAUCAAAGUGAAAAGAGAGAAAGAAAACAAAGAUGCUGAAUUAGAUGAUGUUGAAGUCCUGAAUGAGCCACCUCUGCCCUCACUUUCUUCACUUUCAGAUUCUCCGGCUGUUAGUCCUGUCAAAAAGAGAGUCAAAGCAGAAGAUUCUUCCUCUACUAGUUGUGGUGAUUGUAUGGAAUCUGUACUCCACAGUUUUUAG